CCAAAACGCAUCUGGCAUAUACGCCCUUGAUUGUAUUGAUAGACAGAUAUAACUAGGUCACCAGAAAUUGAUGAUUCUUGCUUUUCGACACAAUCAUAUCAACGAUACAAACAAUACAUUUGUCAUAUUGACAUUCCACCUGAUAAUCUAUUUAUGCGUCUAGGUUGAUAAUUGAUGAGAAUUGUGUAGUAAUUGAGGAACGUAUAGUGUGAAUGAAUGGCUUAGCGUGCCAAAUUUCGGCAAAACAUCAAACAAUUAUCUGUCAAACGUUAAAACUAACACGUUUUUAAUUUGCUUUGGUACAAACAGAACGAUUAGUGCAUUGUGUGAUACAGAGUUAAGUGGGGACUUAACGUUAAGAGCGCAUAGAGGCGCGAAUCGCCCGUCGCUGUGUCUAACCUCAAAGUAAAUGUUAUUUUUUUGUGUAUCAAAUGACGCUCACGGGCGACCAAUCAGAACGUCGGACGCCCUGCUUUCGCCAGAGUGGACCCCGUUUUUACCCAUGAAGUGAAAAUUGUUAAAAGGUUCGAAUGAAAGAAAACGUCCUUCUCUCGGCCAUCUAAGAUUUGAAAUUGCAAGUUUCGGCCGCGAAAUGCAUCAAUUGACAAUGCAUCCAGUUGUAUCUGUGAAAUAAUGCUGUUCUUAGAUUUGUAUUAUUUCGAUGUAUACAACGAGAAAAUGGCUUUAUUCGAGUUCGGAUAAGUUACAAGAUGUACGUAAAAAGACUAAAGACUGUGUGGUGGUUAGCAUUACAUUCCACGAAUAAGGAGAUCUACUUACUUUCAAGCGUGCUAUAAACUUUCGAUAUACGUAUAUCGUUGGUUAGUGUUGUGAAAAAAUGUCUCAAACUCCCCACAAGCCUCUGCAAAAAAUGUGUAAAUCUCCGAAGAAUACAUCCUAUCAGCCACAGAUCAAACAGGAGAAAAUCGACUAUGAAAAUCUCAGCACAAACUGCACAGUGGUCGGCUCCAAUAAUCUGAAUCUCGUCAAGAAGCCUCAAAUUGUCGCCAAUAUGACACCAUCUCCAGCGUAUUCGAACCCGAGCCCAGGCGGCGGGUAUAGCAUCGUUGGCUCCCCCUACUCCUCUCCGGCCAGCCUGAAAUCGCCGUCGCCGUCGUUGAAACCGCCCACUCCUCAACCGGUGGUCGCUGCUCCGCCGGCGGUGUCCGCCCCAGGCCCGCCUAACUCCGCCCUUCCCGUCAUGCAGAUCAUCCACAACAACCUGUUGGCCGCGGCGGCGGCCGCUGCUCGGGGCGGCGCCGGGGGCGGGCAACAGCAUCAUCAGCCCCACCAGAAUGUGAUCAAGUUGAAGCCGCAUCUGAAUAUACUGCCGAAGCCGGCGCAGGCGAGUCAACAGCAGCAGUCGCCGAAGCCGAGCGUCAGUCCUCAGAUAGUGAUACCGGCGAACCAUCAGCAAACUGCCUCAAUAAUGCCGACAGGUCAACCACUCCUCCUCAACCAGAUGCCUAUGUUGACGGCGCCGGGCGUUCAGUUCAUCUUGAGGCCUCAAACGUCAACCAAACUGCAACCUCAGGUCCAGACUGCAACGGCAACACCCCAAGGUCUGAUUCUGCAGCCGAGCGGGCAGCAAUUGCUGCAGAUUCAACCUCCUAGAUCUCAACCUAUGGUCAGGGUGCUUACGAACGGGGUACAACUGGCGCCCACCAGCACUACAUAUGUCACUACACAAGUGGGUAAUCAACCUUUGAGCGCAACGCACAUUGCUCAACAGCAAACAAUAGUGAACAAUUCUCAACAUCAACAGCAACAGAUGAUACAUCAUCAGCAACAACAUCACCAGCAACAGCAAAUCAAAAAGAAGCCUAAACACAAAGUAAAGAAAAAGCUGGAUCUCGCGAAUAUCAUGAAAUUGUCCGGGAUUGAGAUUCACGAUUCGUGUCCAGGCGGCGACGAAGACGACCUCCAAUUCGAGAGCGACACUUCACAGAGCGAGAGCGAACCGACCUCGGUGCCGACAACACCGCAACCUCAACAGACCCAACACCAAGUACAAACGAGCGGCGGCGCGACCGUUCAAGCGCAGUCGCACUUCGUAGCAGCCGCUGCCGCCGCGGCUCAGGCGCAAGCGCAGGCGCAAGCGGACGCCAAAAAGAACAUACACAAUAUUCAGAUAUCGGCCGCGAUGGCAGCCGCUGCGGCCGCCGCAUCUGCUCAGCCGACGAUCAACGCCACUGCGACGCCUGUUGUCCAGGUGCUCAACCAGAACUUCCAGAGCGGCGUGAUUUCGAACAGCACUUCCCAGGGCACUCCCGGCCUUCCUUUCAAUUCGUUCAUCGCGCCUAAUUUCACGAUCGGUCACAACGGGGCCGGCCUCAUGCUCCAACAACGCACCAGCGGCGGUUUCAAACUGACCGUAGGCGAAGACGGACGUCUCAUAUUGCAACACGAUCCGCAUAUCAAUCAGGAUCUGCAGAGUCAGUUGAUCUUGCAGAGUUUGUUGGGAUUGAACGGGGGCAUCGUGUUGCAGCCGUCGAUCGACCAGCAGACUGCAGUCCAGCAAACGGUACAAACCAUCCAGCAACAGUCUGUGCAGACGAUACAGCAACAAACGGUGCAAAGCCAGACGAUACAGACGGUGCAACAGCAAACUGUGCAGCCGCAAAUUCAGCAACAGACCGUGCAGCAGACGAUCCAACACCAAACCGUGAACGCUUUGCAGCAACCGAUGCAAAUCGUACAGCCGCAACCGAUUCACAGCUUGCACUCUCAAGUGCAACCGAUCCACACGAUAUCACAAUCUGCGCAAGUGCACAGCCUGCAAUCGCAGAUCCAGGGCCAGCUGCAGACGCUGCUCCAUCAGCAGCAACAACAGCAACAGCAGCAGCAGCAAAACCACGCCGCGGCUGCGGCCGCGGCGGCUGCAGCUGCGGCCGCGGCGUUGCAAUCCGUGCAGCAACAGCAGCAGCAACAACAGCACACACCGGUGCAUCAGGGUUUCAAUACUUCGUCGUCGACGACGCAUCAUACACAAACGCAGCCGGUGCUGAAGGUGCAACCGUUCCAGAAAUCGCAACAACCGCCGGUGCAGACCGUCCAGCCGACGAUCCAGCAUCACAGCAGCAACCAUCACCAUCACCAACAGCCGCACCAAAGUCCGGGGGGCGACAGCAGCGGCGGCAGCCCCCCGGGGGCGACGGGAGGGCCCCAACAGCAACAGCCGACGUCGUUCGUAGUCAAUCUCACGCCUGAUCAGCUGGAACAGCUCAAAAGGAACGGACAACUGACCGUGAACGGACAGACGAUAUUCAUGCAAAGACCUAACAAGGAACAGCAGAAUUGCGAUAAGAAGCUGUCGCCGAAGACGAAACCGAUCAAAAAGGUGAACAAGAUCCAGAGCAUAAAGAGCCUCCUGCAGGACAACGUGACGAUGGUCGACCCUUUGAAGACGCAGAGCAAUAACAGUGCGGUGGAACAGCUGAAAGAGGCCCAACAGCAGCAGAUGGUGAAGCCGAUCGUGAGCAGUCCUUUGAACACACCUUCGAAACAGCACCUCGUGGUGCCUCACAACCACGUCCAGCCGCUUCAGGUGCAACAGAAUCAGCAGAAGCCGAUGCAGCCGCAGGCGAUGGUGCAACCGUCAAUUCAGAUUCAACCAAAGGUUACUUCGGAAAGAGCUAAAACGUUGUCGAUAUCGCCGCAGAUCAUGAAGCAGCAAAAAGUGUCGCCGACGGUGAUGAGUCACCAGGCGCACGAUUCUAACGGCAGCAAUACAAAUGCUGACGUGGAUAAAUUGCUGGGACAGAUUCUGGAAGAGUCUGGAGUGGCUGGAAAUGUUGGUUUAGUGCAUGCACAACAACCUGCCUCGAAAAAUCAAAUAGCGCCGUCUCAACCACCUCAACAACGCAUCACCACCAUACAGUUGACGCCUCAAAAGCAGCAACAUUUGAAAAGCAUCCAGCUGCAGAUUCAAACGUUGUCGGCGAGAUUGACGCAUGGAGACACCGAAAUGCAGAACCAGCUUAAGAUGCUGUUCGCUGAACAACAGAAAAUACUCGCUUCCGGAAAACUGCUUCCGCCUGAUAAGGUAUACUAUCACAACAACCAGUUGACGAUAGUGAAUCCGUCCAGCCUGAAUUUGUCUCCGCCAUCUCCUUCUCCGCCUGCUCAGCCUCAGCCGCAAGCAUCUCCGUCUCAAGUCCAUAUGAAAACUGAAGUAAAAACGGAGCCUCCGUCGAGUCCCGUCGGCGUCGGCUACAAUUCCAGCAAUGUUCCUUCCGCGCAGCAUCAGCAACAGGGCGCGACGGUCAGGUGCAAUAGCGCUGAGACGAUGUCAGCGAGUUCAAAUCAGCCUCCGCCGUUAACGCUUCAACAAGGCCCGCCACCGGUACCGUCGCGCUGCGUCUCCAGCAGUGCGAUGGCGCCAUCUAGCGAGAGCAUCGCGACCCAAACGCACGCGUGUUCCCAAGCGCCAUCCGCCCAUUCGCAUCCUCAUCCUGUCGUCAGCCAACAUCAGCAUGCUUCCCAUCACCACGCGCACCACCAACAUCACCAACAGCAGCAGCUGCAGCAUCAAGCGAAGCUGGCCCAGCAACAGCACCAGGCGCAGCUGAUGCAUCAGCAACAGCAGCAGUUUCAGCUGUCGCUGGCCAAGAAGGCGCAAAUGAUCGAAAAUCAACUGAACCUGGACCAGAACGGCGUCAUAAAACCGGACAUCCACACCGCGUUUCGCGACAAAAAGGACGCUUGCAUCCGGUUGAUUCGGUACCACUGCCUCGACCAGCCGGUACUCUCCGAAAAGGACCUCGACAAGGCGGACGAGAUUUUCGAACUGACCGCCAGGCAUUUCAUCGGGAAGUAUGCCAGGAUGGUGGAUAAGUACAAAUAUCUGUUGAUGAAGGAGAGCAUGCGUCAAGUGCAGACUUCCGAGCUGAUGAUGAUCGAUCGCAUGUUCCUCGCCGAGGAGCAGCAAUCUAUCCUGCGCUUGCGGCAGGAAUACGAGCAGGAGGUGUUGCAGCAAGCGCACGCAGAUGCCGCGGCCGCUACCGGUCCCGAACCGUCACCGCCUCCGGCGAUGCCGCCGCCCCCUAUGCCUCCUCCUUCGCCGCGGCUGACCAAUCAGCAGACGCAGCAACCGUCGACUAGUCACAGCGCGGCCAAUCCGGGCGCGCAGGCGGCGUCGCAGAGCGGCACCAACGGACCUGCUGGAGACUCGCAUCAGGAGGAUUACGACGAGUGGGCGUGUAUCCAGCGCGAGCUCGGCUGCUUACCGCAACAACAGCAGCCUCAAUCGCAAGCUCAUCCUCAACAGCAUCACCACCAUCAUCAUCAGCAGCAGCAACAUCAUCAUCAAGAGCCUAACCUGCCUCCUCCAGCGUCGAAGCAUCACGCUCAACAGCCGCAGAUGCCGAAACGGUCGGCGAGCAGCGAUUCCCGAUUGGAGACGUUGAAAAGGUUCAGGGUCGACAAGCACCACAAGAGGCCCAACGAUGUACAUAUUCAUGGCGGCGAGAUGGGCGCACAGAUGAGUGUGAUAAGCGGCGUCGGAGCGGCGGGGGGUGCAAUGGGGGACCCCUCGAUGCUCCACGAAGACGAGAAAGAGGAGGACCGGCCCGAGAACAGCAUCGACGAGCAGGUGCAGUCGGCGAUCGAUUCCAUCCUCAAUUUGCAACAAAACACCGCGCUCGAUCUUGAUAGUAUUUUGUCAUGACGUCAUAUUUAGGUGUUGUCGUUCGAACGUCGUCCGCGUACGGCAUUCUCGCUACAAGGUUGCAAAGUCCUGGCAUCUAUCAACGUCACCUGUUAUGUAAAAGGUUUUUUGAUAGGUACUUUGGGAAAAAAUACAAGGUUUUAUACGAGAGCUGAUUCAAAAAUAUGGUUCCCAACGGUGAAACUUUACCGCGCAUGAUGCUAAGUGAGAUCUGGCAACACCGUCGCGUUUGUCGGCACCCCGACCAGCGAUCCCAACGAGAAACGCCUAUCAGUACCGGUCUGACAGCGAACGAAACGUUUCAUUUGCUAUUCGGAACAUUGAUACAAGUUCUUAGUAGGAAAAUGAAUUAGUCACAUUAAAUUCUGCCUUCGUCUGUCACAAUUAAAUUGGUAAGAUUAAAUUACUCGUAGUCAAUUGUAAAAAUAUAAAUUAUUGUUGUAUGUUGUGGCACAAGACAUGCGAAGACGCGUACGCUUCUAUCAAUGUUUCUGUUUAUUAUGAAAUUAUUUGAAUCUGCUCCAAUUUACAGGUUGUGCGUAGACUUAUGAUAAUUGUGAAGGUUGUCGUUUAUAGUGAUGAAUCUCAUGAAUGGAGGAAACAUUAUUUUUUUUUUAAAUCGAUCUUUGUUUCAAAUGAUACAAAAAAGAUGAAGAUGCCAGGACUUUUAUACUAUAUCUUACGCAUUGUGAUUUUUAACUAGGCUAUACAAAAUUAUUUAUUUUUUCUUUUAGCGGUUUUUGCUCAAAUUCGCGAUUUCCGAAUGGUUUGCAGACUGUUUUUCUUCUAAACGCUGUGCGACAUCAUUUAAAGAUAUUUUACACUUUUAUCUUGUAACAAUUUUUAGGUGUUUUACGAAUGAAUCUUUGCCAGUUAUUGAUAGGCCAGUAGCUGAUAGCAAUACAAAUUUUAUAUCCUAACAGGUACUGAACGUAUGUGAUCUAUUAAGUAUGUUCAAUGUCCGCAUAUUCGAAUGUGUCAUUUUUGCGUAUUUCUAAUAAUGCUCGUUGUGAUACAUUUUCUCACACCACGUGAAAUAUUUUUAGCGAGAUUGUUGGGUCUUGAAUUUAAAACAGUUUGCAAAUCGUGCUAGUAGUGAUUAAGGUGAAAGGAUAUGUGUGAGUUUUUAUUUUUUACGCCACAUGCCCGUACUUUUUUCUGCAGUUUAAGUCCUUUGUUCUGAACAGUUAUUUGCAUGUACAUCAGAAAAGUUCGAAAAGAAAAUAAUACAUUUACUCUAAAAAUACGUAGUAAACCAAGUUUUUCAGUUUUAAGGCAGUGUUGCCGAACCUAAAAAGACGAAAUUCCUUUUUUUUUUUGGUGAAAAAUCUGGAAAUAUCUGAAUUGUUUCAAAAAAUCGUGGGAAAUAAUAUUUCAUUUCGGCAGAAAUACGGAAAAAUCGGUAGGUUCGGCAACACUGCUUAAGGAUGCAAUGGUCUGCUUAUCACUUGUAAAAACUUGAAAUGAUGCUUAUGUUUUUGUUCCAUCAAACCAACGAACUAGUUCUGAACUGAACGAGCAGAUUGAAAUUACCGUUAAAACAGAAAACGGAACUGAUUAUUCUGAUCGAAAAAGUUUGUACUGAUUCCGGGCCGAUUCUGAACUGAUUCAGAGAGAAAACUGAAAGUUCGAACGCGCGUUUACAGAAUAAAUUGCUGGGAAGCUGGAUUUUGUGCCUUUUCUAAAUUUCCAAUCUUCUCCAAAAAAUGGAUAACGAUAAAGAUUACUUUGGAGCAGAUUCAAGUGAAGAUCCAGUUACCAGAAAUGAAAAUUAGAUAGUCAAGCAUUGAUAAUUUUACUGAAUUUGUUCCAGUCAUGUCAUUGGUAAUUUUAAUGUUAUGUUAUUUAAAGACAAAUAAUAGUUUCAUCAAAGAGAAGCCCUUGAAAGUCAUAAAAAUUAUAGUACUACUGAUGUUAAACAGCAAACUUGUCGAGUUUUCUCUUGGACUAUUACUUUACAAUUAAAAACAGCGAUCUAUGUGUGGGAUGUCCUUGUACAAAUGCGGUGUUGCCAAGCUGCCACAAAAUGUUUAAAAAACGCUGCUUUUAUACUAAGCAGGGGAGUUUUGCUCUUUAGACCGUUUUUGGUGGUUACGUGGUGCAAAUAUGUGAUAAAUAUCCCCACCAUAAAUAAAUUUGAACAAAAAAUCCGAUCAUUACAAGUGAUGGUCGAUGAAUUCAUCCAAAAAUUAUGAUCUAUCUGGCUACACCGCAUUUAUUUCCGACUAAACGAGAACAGCCGAGCUUAUAUGCCAUCACCUGUUUUGUGCGUCUCUCUAUAAUUGUAUUCGCGUUUUCUUCUGUUUAUAUUCUAACGAAAACACCGUUUUGUUCAAUGUCUUACUCUUUUAUAACAAUUGCAACAAAUUUAUAACUAUGUCGUCUGGACCAUUAAUCCAUCCUAAUUGCUCGUUCGCUGUACACAGUCUCGACUGUCACUGACUGCUUCCGCCAUCUGGUCGGGUAUUUAUCUCAUGAUCGACGAGUCCAGAACCAUUGCAGCGUUUUCCAUUCCUAGUCGUAAAUCUCGAUGGAAGUAGUGUAGAUGGCAGCAGAUUCAUCUCCAGACAUGUCCAAUACUCGCGAACGGUGUGACCCCACUCCAUACAUAAUACGUAAUUCUGGUUGCCUAAGCGUCGAUCUCAAUUUUGGUCACAGUACGUCAAAAAACAAUAAAUUAUCUGAAAUGUUACUCCAAUGAAGGUUAUGUUUACCACACAAAAACAAGUAAUUCUCUGUUCUACUAGAAUUCGGAAUUAGUUCUGAACUAGUUCAGAACAGCUUGUUGGAACAAACCUUGCACGAGGUGUGUGGCUAGAAAAUAUCGUAGAAACUCCGUAAAGCACAAAAACGUACCACCUUAUUUGAAAACGACAAGUAUUAUCGCAAAAUAUAUCAUACUCUCGUCUUAUUUUUCUGUGAUGUGUUUUAACUUAUAAUAUUUUCUCGUACAUUCCGGAAGCGGUUUUCCAGGUCUUUCACCUUGCUAGAAACGUCAUCGUCGUAAUAAUAUUUCGUAUUCUCUGUAAUAUAUUAUGAAAUCAUAUCGUUAUCGUUUGUUGUGUUCAUAUAAUGUUAUGGGUUCGUAAGCUGUGUACAUAAACUUAAGUGCUAGAGAACAUUGUAAAAAAUAUUGUAAAUACUGUUUUAAUUUAUAUGUACUUAGAUUAUUUUUAUUUUGUAAGGUUCUAUUAUUAUUAAGACUGACUUUCAGAAAUUUUGGUUCCUAAAGGGAAAAGUAUUUCAAAUAAACACGAUUGGUUAAAAAUUA